GCAUAUCUGGGGUAAGCGGGGUUAAAUACCAAGCAAGACGAAAGGGGGAGAAAUACGACAGAUAAGCGAUGUCGAGAUUCAGCCAGCUUCAGCUUGGGCGAUGAUAAUAAAGGGGAUGAUGCCUGGACGUGUCGGGACUCGAGACACCACCAACUUUAAGCUGACUCCUUCUUCCUAUAAUUAUCGGAGCAAAACUUCUCGUUAUUCGUCCCCAUUCUUCACAUCACCAUGGCAACUAUGGCGGAGAAGUCAGGCGAUGAUGUCUUCCAGGCAGACUCAACUGGCUCCAGCCACACUGGCACUGGUGCUGUUGACGAGGCUAAUAUAGAGAUAGACGCUGAGUGGACCACCGCGGAGGAAACAGCCAUCCGCCGAAAGUUUGAUCUUACAAUUGUCCCCAUGGUGACGAUUUUAUACAUGUGCUGUGCGAUCGACCGAGCCAACAUUGGAAAUGCCAAGAUCGAAGGAAUGGCUAGCGACCUCAACUUGAUCAAGUACCGCUACAACAUCGUGCUUUCCAUCUUCUUCAUCACUUAUUUGAGCGUCGAAGUCCCAAGCAAUGUCAUCCUCAAACGUUUCGGACCACGCUUUUACAUGCCCAUGCUUGUAUUCUGCUUUGGGCUUAUCUCCCUAUGUACAGCCUUCGUCCAGUCAUACGCCAGCCUGGCUGUGACACGCGCCUUCCUAGGCAUCUUCGAGGGUGGUGCUAUGCCAGCCACUGCUUUCUUCCUCAGCUGCUUUUACAAGAAAGCCGAGCUCUUCUUCCGGAUGAGCAUCUUCAUCGCAUCAAGUGCGCUAGCCAGCUCAUUUGGAGGGCUUCUAGCUGCUGCUCUAAGUUCCAUCCCACCCUGGGGCACCGCUGCUACGACCAUCGAUACCUGGCGCAACAUCUUCUUCUUUGAGGGUCUGGUCACGAUGCUCAUCGCCAUAGGGGCUACCUUUUUCAUGCCCCAGAGCCCGGGUUCAUGGAAGUACCUUACUCCGCGCCAGCGCUACAUUGCUGGCGAGCGCAUGCGGCGCGAGCAUGAUGCGAAUCCGAAGGAGGCGGUGACGUGGCACCACGUCCGCCAAGCAAUUUUCAACAUCCACACCAAUGUGUGCGCCUGGUGUUUCUUCUGUACCAACUCGGCCGUACAGGGCAUGGGCGCGUUCGUGCCCACCAUACUUAAGGAGUUCGGCUGGACCUCGACCAAGGCUCAGCUGUACUCGGUUCCGCCUUACGUGGUCGCCUGUUGCGUCACCGUGGCGCUGGGUCACGCUAGCGACCGCGUCAACAAGCGUGGCAUUUUCAUGCUCGGCUCUGUGGUGUUUUCCAUCACCGGAUACUUCAUGCUGCGCUUCUCCGAGGACGUCCACACCAAGUACGCCGCCGUUUUUCUGAGCGCGAUCGGUAUCUUUGCUGCGAGCUCGGGGUUCUUGAGUUGGGGCAUCAAUAACACCAACAACCCUGCUGUCGCCGCCGUUGCCGGGGGUUACAUGGUGUCCAUUGGCAGCAUCGGAGGUGUCCUAUCGACGUGGACCUAUCUCUCAACCGACUCUCCUAAAUUUCACAUCGGGCACUCCAUAAACCUCUCUUUGCAGUUAUUCUGCUUUUUCUUAGCUGCUUUUGGUCUCGCUCACUGUAAGUACGAGAACAAGAUCCGCGCUCAGGGCAAGCGUGACCACCGCCUACACAAUCUGUCCGAGGAGGAACUUCGCAAGCUGGGCCAUAAGCAUCCACAGUUUCGGUACAUGGAGUAACGGGUUGCCUGUCAACCAGGUGUACGCGCCCUACAGCUAGUAUGGGAUACUGAGGCUGUUUGGUCGGUCAUUUUCCUAAGUAAUUAUUCUCUUGUAAGCGGUUGGGUAUAAUUAGCUACUGCCUGCACAUUUCAAGGCAUCUGGCCUUCACUUGUCUCCCAUCGCCUAUUUCAAUCUCCUCCA